GGUACCGGACCAUCGUAUUCCUCUUAUCCUGAAGAACCUCAGACUGUGAGGGAUGGUGCCAUCCUUUCAAAAGAGAAGAGGUUUCCAUGUACUAAGUGCGGGAAGUGUUUCAGUUUUAAAUCCAAACUUAAUGAGCAUAAAAGAUCUCACACAGGUGAGAAGCCGUAUUCCUGUUCUGAGUGCAGGAAAUGUUUCUUGUGUAAGUCCUCUCUUAAUGAGCAUAAAAUAACACACACUGGUGAGAAGCCGCAUUCCUGUUCUGAGUGUGGGAAAUGUUAUUCCAAGAAAUCUCAUCUCAACAGACAUCAGAGAUUGCACAUGGGAGAGAAUCCAUAUUCCUGCCCUGAGUGCGGGAAAUGUUUCGUAAAAAAAUCAGCUCUUGUCAGUCAUCAAAUGUCUCACACAGGAGAAUCUCCGUAUUCCUGUCCUGAGUGCGAAAAAUGCUUUGUACGAAAAUCAUUUCUUGUCACACAUCUAAGAUCUCACACGGGGGAGAAGCCAUUUGCCUGUCCUGAGUGCGGGAAACGUUAUUCAGACAGGCCGUCUUUUCGCAAACAUCAGAGAUUGCACACAGGUGAGAAUCUGCAUUCCUGUCCUGAGUGCGGGAAAUGUUUUCCACGGAAAACAGACCUUGUCAUACAUCAAAGAUCUCACACAGGAGAGAAGCCGUAUUCCUGUCCUGAGUGUGGGAAAUGUUUUGUACAAAAAUCAGCUCUUCUCACACAUCAAAUGUCUCACACAGGGGAAAAGCCGUAUUCCUGUUCUGAGUGCGAGAAAUGCUUUGUACUAAAGUCAUAUCUUGUCUCACAUCUAAGAUCUCACACGGGGGAGAAGCCAUUCGUCUGUCCUGAGUGCGGGAAAUGUUAUUCAGACAGGUCGUCUUUUCACAAACAUCAGAAAUUGCACGCAGGUGAGAAGCCGCAUUCCUGUCCUGAGUGUGGGAAAUGUUUCCUACGGAACUCAGACCUUGUCAUACAUCAAAGAUCUCACACUGGAGAGAAGCCAUAUUCCUGUCCUGAGUGCGGGAAAUGUUUUCUACAGAAAUUAUACCUUGUCAAACAUCAAAGAUCUCACACGGGAGAGAAGCCGUAUUCCUGCCCUGAGUGUGGGAAAUGUUUUCCACGGAAAUCCGACAUUUUCAAACAUGAAAGAACUCACACGGGCGAGAAGCCGUAUUCCUGCCCUGAGUGCGGGAAGUGUUUUCCAUGGAAAUCAGAGCUUGUCAUACAUCAAAGAUCUCACACGGGAGAGAAGCCACAUUCCUGUCCUGAGUGUGGAAAAGGUUUUGCACGGAAAUCACAGCUUGUCAAACAUGAAAGCUCUCACACAGGUGAGAAGUAAUUUUCCUGCCCUGAGUGCGGGAAAUGUUUCUUACAGAAGUGCAAUCUUGACAGACA